GGGGGGCAGCGCCGCGGGGCUCCGCGCCAUGACAUCAGCCCUGGUGUGGUGCGGUGUGCAAAGCCCACUGGUUGGCGUGGCGGGGGACACGCCUUCCCCGGAGCGGAACAAAACGGCGCGCGGGCCGGGCGCACCCAGCAGCCACUUCCGAGAGCGCCUGCCGCCCGCGCGCCGCCGAGCCCGCCGCCAGAAUGCCGAACUGGGGAGGAGGCAAGAAGUGCGGGGUGUGCCAGAAGACGGUUUACUUCGCCGAGGAGGUUCAGUGCGAAGGCAACAGCUUCCACAAGUCCUGCUUCCUGUGCAUGGUCUGCAAGAAGAACCUGGACAGCACCACUGUGGCCGUGCAUGGCGAGGAGAUCUACUGCAAGUCCUGCUACGGCAAGAAGUAUGGGCCAAAAGGCUACGGCUACGGGCAGGGCGCAGGCACACUGAGCACCGACAAGGGGGAGUCGCUGGGCAUCAAACACGAGGAGGCCCCUGGCCACAGGCCCACCACCAACCCCAAUGCCUCCAAGUUCGCCCAGAAGAUUGGCGGCUCCGAGCGCUGCCCCCGCUGUACCCAGGCGGUCUACGCCGCGGAGAAGGUGAUCGGCGCUGGGAAGUCCUGGCAUAAGUCCUGCUUCCGCUGUGCCAAGUGUGGCAAAGGCCUUGAGUCCACCACCCUGGCAGACAAGGAUGGCGAGAUCUACUGCAAAGGAUGCUAUGCUAAAAACUUCGGGCCCAAAGGCUUUGGCUUUGGACAAGGAGCUGGGGCCUUGGUCCACUCUGAGUGAGGCCGCCGCCGGCCGCGCCCUGCCCACUGCCGCGCUUUUCAUCGCCAUGCCCUCCCCAGCGGCCUGGGAGGCCUCCAGGAUGCCUUCUCGCUCUCUCAGCCCUGCCACACACCACUAAUGACUUGCAUUUGGUCGUCUGGCUCCCUUUGGUUUGGGGGUCUGCCUGAGGUCCCGCCCUGCUAAGGGGCUCCCCCUUCCUGGCAUCCCCAGUAGGAGACGGCGGCGGUGGUUUUGAUCUGGGUGAGCCCAGGCUGCCCCUGCUGGCUCCCUCCUCUCACCCCCCAGCCCUCUGUCCCCAGCCUGCUGGGCUGAGUGUCCCUCAUCAACCGGCCAGGACACCCAGGACACCCGAGCCCGCAUGGUGGAGCCACAGGAGCAGCAGCAGCAGCCUGGAGGGGGAAGGCGGCAGGACCCGAUGGGGCGGAGCGAGGCUGGGGCUUAUUGGAUCCCAGGGAGUCUCCCCUGUGAGAAAGAGAGGGGGCUUCUUGGUGUCCCCCCAAAGAAGGAGUCCCGGCUUGGGGAGUCGCUGUGGGAGGCAGAGAGGGUGCAGGCAGGACUGUAGGAGGCCCCGCUGCUCUAGGCCACCUGCCUGCCGGUCUCUGUGCACCUGGUGUCCCCUGACUUGCAGUGGGAGGAGAACAACCCAGGUCUGAGGACCUCAAAGUCGGAAUGUUGUCUGGCCUCCUCGGACAGGCUCGGUGGCCGGAUCCCAGUGAAACGCACCCCCCCCACACACACACACAUUCACGUUUAUCGGUGGCCCACAUCUCCCGGGAGUUAGCUCUGGGCCUGCCCCUGGGUCCUGAGGCUGCGGUUGGGAGCUCCUGCCUGUCCCGGCACCGCCCAGAGCUCUGUUCUUGCCACACCUGCUUGAUCCCAGAUGAGCAUGGAGGCCGACACAGCCUCAGUCUUCCUCCAGACACCUCUCCCUAUGCCCCCCGUCCUCGGGACCUUCCCUCCUACCCAAGACCCUGCCCCUCCACUCCACUCUUCUCCAGGGACCCUUCUCUGGCCACAGCACUCCAUCACUCCGUCCCUUCCAGGCCCCAGGUCAGGAGCAGUGGGGGAGGGGGCAGGGGCUGGUGACUGAACACCUGGGUGGCAGGCAUGGGCCAUGUUCAAGCCGAUUUCCCAUCUGGUCAAUAAAGCUGUUUAGACCAAAA